AUGGCAACACAAGCAAUCGGCCCCGCCCGCUGCGCAAACCUCACCGGCCUCCCGGAGCUCACCUACCCCAACACCUGCGGCGUCCCAAUUUACCAGCACUGGAACGCCACACAAGACCCCUACACGACUUUGGGAGAAUGCUGCCGCGAAGUAAAUGGGUCGAUAGGCUACUUUGGCGAAGAGAGCUGUGCCGCGUAUUGCAAUGCCACGCAGAGUACCCGCGGACAAUUACAUGAUUGCCUGGCGCACUCGCGCGAGAUUAAUCAGUUUGGAUGCUCUGGGGCUGUGUCGAUAAGGGGGAGUUUGUGGAAGGCUGUAGUGGUGAUGGGGUUGACUUGGUUGGUUUUUAUACGUUAG